UGCGCAUGCGCAGCACGAUCCCCAUUCUUGUCCUUCAGGCUCAUUCCUGCUGGAUUGUUGACAGAAAGGCAGAAACUGGAGAGAUUGGAGGCCGCGCCUGACGCUUUGUUCCCGGACACGAAGCGCUGGAUGUCCGGAGAGGCUCCGGCGGGUUAUGGACGUCUCUGGACCGGUUCAGGAGGAAGACCUGGAGCCCUGAGCCGACCCGUUUGCCGCCCACCAGAACCAGCUGGGGUUCUGCUCACGGCACCGCCGCCGGACCCAGCCAGCAGCACAGAGGGCCACCAGGACUCGUCCUCCUCCGGGUCAGAACCUGCUGAGCCUCCGGGUCAGAACCUACUAAGCCUCCGGGUCAGAACCUGCUGAGCCCGGUGGUCCCGGCGUAGGACCUCUGAGGAGAUGGAGCCCAGCAUGGAGAGCUGCUUGGCCCAGGUUCUGCAGAAGGAUGUGGGCCGGCGCCUGCAAACGGGUCAGGACAUCAUCGACUACAUUCUGGACCGGGACAAGUCCCCGGACCUGGACCAGGACCAGACGGCGCUGGACCGGAUGGUGGACGGGAUUGCCACCUCCUGGGUCAACUCCAGCAACUUCAAGGUGAAUCUGCUGGGCUUGGACCUCCUGUCGGCCUUGGUGACCCGGUUACAGGACAGAUUCCGGGCUCAAAUCGGGACAGUUCUGCCCAGCCUGAUCGAUCGACUGGGAGACGCCAAAGAUCAAGUUCGAGAGCAGGACCAGACUCUGCUGCUAAAGAUCAUGGAGCAGGCUGCGUCUCCUCAGUACGUCUGGGACCGAAUGCUGGGAGGCUUUAAGCAUAAGAACAACCGCACCAGAGAGGGAGUGUGCCUUUGUCUCAUCGCCACUUUGAACACGUACGGAGCUCAGGGCCUGACGCUGAGUAAGAUCGUCCCUCACAUCUGCAACCUGCUGGGGGACCCAACCAGCCAGGUGCGAGAUGCAGCCAUGAGCUGCUUGGUGGAGAUCUACAGACACGUGGGGGAGAGGGUGAGGCUGGACCUCAGCAAGAAGGGCCUUCCUCAGUCACGGUUGAAUGUGAUCUUCAGCAGAUUCGAUGAAGUCCAAAGAUCUGGGAACAUGGUCCCGUCUUCUGGCUCUGAUAAAAACUUUGAGGAUGAAGACUCGGUGGACGGAGGCAGGUCCUCCUCCUCCUCGUCCUCCAAGGCGCCUCCUGGUGGGCGGAGGCCGGCAGUGAGCUCGGUGAGGAGACCCAGCUCUGCUUCAUCCACCAAGUCCACAGGUAAAGAAGCCGCAGCUGGAGCUGUGGACGAAGAGGACUUCAUCAAAGCGUUUGACGACGUGCCGUCGGUCCAGAUCUACUCUAACAGGGAGAUGGAGGACCAGCUGACCAAGACCAGGGAGGUUCUGUCUGAUGACAAACAUGACUGGGAGCAGCGGGUGGUGGCGCUGAAGAGGGUCCGGUCGCUCAUCCUAGCCGGAGCCGCUGACUACGAUGGCUUCCCUCAGCAGCUGCGGCUGCUGGAGGCUCCUCUGAAGCUGUCAGCCAAAGAUCUGCGUUCCCAGGUGGUCCGAGAGGCCUGCAUCACGCUGGGGCAUCUGUCCUCGGUGCUGCACAACAAAUUUGACCACGGAGCGGAGAGCGUCAUGCCCACCCUGCUGAACCUGGUACCCAACAGCGCCAAGGUCAUGGCCACGUCAGGGAUGGCGGCUAUCCGCCUCAUCCUGCGGCACACCCACUACCCCCGCCUCAUCCCCAUCAUCACCAGUAACUGCUCCUCCAAGUCUGUGGCUGUCAGGAGGCGCUGCUAUGAGUUCCUGGACCUCAUGCUGCAGGAGUGGCACACCAACACGCUGGAGAGGCACGUGGCUCUGCUGACAGAGACCAUCAGGAAGGGAAUCCAUGAUGCCGACUCUGAGGCCAGGUCCAUCGCAAGGAAGUGUUACUGGGGUUUCCAUGGCCACUACAGCCGUGAGGCGGAGCUUCUGUUCCAGGCGCUGGAGUCCACCUAUCAGAAGGCGCUCCAGUCUCACCUGAGGAGCUCGGACAGCGUCGUGUCUCUGCCUCAGUCGGACCGCUCCUCCUCGUCCUCCCAGGAGAGCCUGAACCGACCUUUAUCUGUGAAGAGUCUGAUUGGAGGCAGCAUUUCAAGAAGUAAACUGGUGGGUACCAGGGUUUCCUCCACACCUGGGUCCCUGCAGCGCUCCCGUAGCGACAUCGACGUGAACGCCGCCUCCAGCGCCAAGUCCCGCUUGUCCAGCGUCCCCGCCUCCUCGCCGUUCAGCUCUGCGGCCGCCCUUCCCCCAGGAUCCUACGCCUCUCUGGACGGCGUUCUUGGUAAAAGUGACGGUCGUGUCCGUACCAGACGCCAGAGCUCAGGCAGCGUGGGCGGAGCCAGUCCCUCAGUGGUGGACAGCAGGGGGCGCAGUCGAGCCAAGGUGGUCUCCCAGUCCCAGCGAUCCAGAUCAGCCAAUACCGUCAGUGCCGGCAGUCGAUCCAGUUCUCCAGGAAAACUUCUGGGCCAGAGCAGCUACGGCCGGAUCCCCAGAACCACGCCACCACCGGUUCCGGCGCCAGACAGACGCAGCAGGAUCCCCCGCAGCCAGGGAUGCAGCCGGGAGAGCAGCCCCAGCAGACUUGGCCUCGCCCGGAGCCGCAUCCCCCGCCCCAGCAUGAGUCAGGGCUGCAGUCGCGACACGAGUCGCGAGAGCAGCCGCGACACCAGCCCCGCUCGGGGCUUCGCUCCUCUGGCCUCCCGCCGUCACUCCCGUUCAACCAGUGCCCUGUCCACAGCCGACGCCCACGGCCAGUCAGAUCGCUACGGUUUGAUCCACCAGGCGAGGAUCUCUGCGUCGGUGAACGCCAUGCGGGUUCUGAACACCGGCACAGAGGUGGAGGCGGCGGUGGCGGACGCUCUGCUGUUAGGAGACUCCAGGAACAAGAGGAAGCCGCUGCGGCGGCGGUACGAGUCUCCUGGGAUGUACUCUGAUGACGACGCCAACAGCGACGCCUCCAGCGCCUGCUCAGAGCGCUCCUACAGCUCCAGGAACGGGGGCCUCCCCCACUACCUGCGGCAAACGGAGGACGUGGCCGAGGUCCUGAACCACUGCGCCAGCUCCAACUGGUCGGAGCGCAAGGAGGGCCUGCUGGGUCUGCAGACCCUCCUGAAGAGCCAAAGAAUCCUGAGCCGAGUGGAGCUGAAGAGACUCUGUGAGAUCUUCACCAGGAUGUUUGCAGACCCUCACAGUAAGAGGGUGUUCAGCAUGUUCUUGGAGACUCUGCUGGACUUUGUCACGGUGCACAAGGAGGACCUGCAGGACUGGCUGUUUGUCCUUCUAACACAGCUGCUGAAGAAGAUGGGGGCCGACCUGCUGGGCUCAGUCCAAGCUAAGGUCCAGAAGGCUCUGGAUGUCACCAGGGAAUCGUUUCCAUUCGACCAGCAGUUCAACAUCUUGAUGAGGUUCAUCGUGGACCAGACCCAGACGCCAAACCUCAAGGUGAAGGUGGCCAUCCUGAAGUACAUCGAGUCUCUGGCUCUGCAAAUGGACCCCACAGACUUUGUGAACUCCAGCGAGACUCGGCUGGCGGUUUCCCGCAUCAUAACUUGGACCACUGAACCCAAAAGCUCUGAUGUGAGGAAGAGCCUCCACAGCUGGGUGAGCGAGGAGCUGGCCGGCUGGUCCGGCUCUGCGGCGCUGCUGUCCACCGAGGGCGGCCUGGAGGACAGGUGUAAGCAGGCGGCCCAGGUGGUUCUGAUCGCCCUGUUUGAGCUCAACACCCCGGAGUUCACCAUGCUGCUGGGGGCGCUGCCCAAAACCUUCCAGGACGGCGCCACCAAGCUGCUGCACCACCACCUGAAGAACUCCAGCAACGUGAGUUCUCCCAGUAACACGUUGGGUCGGACGGUACCGCGCCACACCCCCAGCAGAACCAGCCCCCUCACCUCUCCCACCAACUGUUCCCAUGGAGGAGUCUCCCCCAGUGGGUCGUGGGGUUGGGGGAUCGACGGUCCGUCCAAGCACCCCCCCGCCCCUCCCCCGUGCCUCAGAACGAUGCGCAGAGCCUUUUCGCCCAGCAGCAUGACGGAGUACGACACAGAGAACAUGAACGCUGAGGAGAUCUACAGCUCGCUGCGCGGCGUCACCGAGGCCAUCCAGAGCUUCAGCUACCGGAGCCAGGAGGACCUGAACGAGCCGCUGCCACGGGACGGCAAGCGGGACCACGCCCAGGUGGGACGGGAAGGCGUGGCGCCCUCUCCGGGUUCUGAGGCCCGUCUGGGUUUGGACGUGGUGGAAGGCGGCCGCACGGCUCUGGACAACAAGACGUCGCUGCUGAACACGCCGUCGCCGCGCUCCUUCUCUGGGCCCAGGACCCGCGAGUUCUCCCCGUACGGAUACGGCGACACCAUCUACGACAAGAGCGCCCUGAAGGAGGCCGUGUUCGACGACGACGUGGAGCAGUUCCGCGACUGCCGGCGGCCGGAAUCAGGAGGAAUCCAGACCAGUCUUCCCAAAGCCUUUCCUCCGGUCGGUCCCGAUAACUCGGACCUGGUGGCUGACCUGCUGAAGGAGCUGUCCAAUCACAACGAGCGCUGUGAGGAGCGUAAAGGAGCCCUGGUGGAGCUGCUGAAGAUCACACGGGAGGACAACGCGGCGGUGUGGGACGAGCACUUUAAGACCAUCCUGCUGCUGCUGCUGGAGACGCUGUGUGACAAAGACCACACCAUCCGGGCUCUGGCUCUGCGAGUUCUGAAGGAGAUCCUGAGGAACCAGCCGGUCCGCUUCAGGAACUACGCUGAACUGACCAUCAUGAAGACCCUGGAGGCUCACAAAGACUCCCAUAAAGAGGUGGUGCGUGCGGCCGAGGAGGCGGCGACCACGCUGGCCGCGUCCAUCCACCCAGAGCAGUGCAUCAAGGUUCUGUGCCCGAUCGUCCAGACCGCCGACUACCCCAUCAACCUGGCCGCCAUCAAGAUGCAGACCAAAGUAAUCGAGCGCAUCGCCAAGGAUUCGCUACUGCAGCUGCUGCCAGACAUCAUCCCCGGACUGCUGCAGGGCUAUGACAACACAGAGAGCAGCGUUCGCAAGGCCAGCGUGUUCUGCCUGGUGGCCAUUUACGCCGUCAUUGGAGAGGAGCUCAAACCACACCUGGCUCAGCUGACGGGCAGCAAGAUGAAGCUCCUGAACCUCUACAUCAAACGGGCCCAAACCACCAACAGCAACAGCAGCAGCUCCUCCGACGUCUCCUCCCACAGCUAAGGCCCGCGGGCCGGAACCAGAACCAGCUGGCCCACGGGCCGGAACCAGAACCAGCCGGCGGGCCAGAACCUUCCCUGUCCAACGCUGCCUGCUGGUUCUGUUGAUCCUCCAUCAGGUGGACAGAAGCGGAUCAGCGCCGCUGCUUCCUCUGAAGUUCUGACUGUUUCUACCAGAACCGCCCCGCUCCUCUGGACCCGCUGCGCUCCUCCAGAACCGCUGCGCUCCUCCAGAACCGCCCCGCUCUUCCAGAACCGCUCCUCCACCAUCCUUCAUGCUGUUCACCACGAGGCCCGGUUUCAGAAGCAGAACCAGAACUUUUGACCCGUUCUGCAUCGAUCGUUUCUUUUCUAAAGACAUUUUGCUUUAAACAAUCCGGUUCUGGUUCUGAUCAGACUUCUUUGUGGAUCAUCCAGGUCCAGAACCAGGAGAAGCUGAGGUUCUGGUUCUGAUCCAGAAUCUUGGAGUUUGUUGGAUCCACUUGGUUCUGGUACCAUGAAUGCUGGGUUCUGAGUUCGCUCCGCUGGACUCGGGUCUCUGGUUCUGAAUUUGGAAGAACCUCUGUACCCGGUCCGACUGGACAAGCAGUAGGUUCUGUGAUUGGAUCAGAGCUCCUGGUUCUGGUUCUGACAGCAGGAACCGACCCGGUCCCCUGGCUGGAGAACCAGAACCCCGGCAGCAGCAGGUUCUGGUUCUGGUUCUGUACAUAGACUGUUUGCACGUUGGCCUGCAUGUGGGCGGAGCCUCCUUUGGACCCGCCUCCUAUAAAGUGCACUUCUUCACGUCGCUGGUUCUGAAGAACAACCCGAGUUCUGCUGGGCCCUCGAACCGGGCCGCCAGUCGAGAUUCAGCAGAACUAGAACUUUUGAAUCGGUACUGAAAUGGACGUCUGGUCUGGCGGCGCAGAGGUUCUGGGUGAUCCAGACGGGUCGGCACCAGAACCCAGAUUUUAUUUAUGUUUUAUUUAAUCCUGUUUGGGUUCCUUUGGUCCGAUUGAUAAACUGUACAGAACCGGUUCUGAUGACAGAUGGAAAUAAACGAACUGAGGAAAGA